CUCACCAAGUUCGCGUCCUGCUCCCGCGUCGCGCGCGUGCACACACACACCCACAGCUAGCGCAAACUAAGGCUAGGCUCGCCGCGAGAGGAAGGUAAGUAAGUACGUACAUUUGCGCGAGGUGGACGAGCUUGACGAUGGCGAGUGGGCAACGAGCGGUCGGCGAGGGGAGCGGUGGCCUCCGCCCGACGACGCACGUCGCGGGCGGCGGCGGGAGCGCGCGCGGGGAGUAUUUCAGGUGCAAGACGUGCAGCAAGACGUUCACGUCGUUCCAGGCGCUCGGCGGGCACCGGACGGGGCACACGCGGAUGGCGGCGCGGCAGCGGCAGGAGCACGGCGCCGCGGGGGCCGCCGUCGUGGGGGCUACCAACAACCAGCGGCGGGUGGUUUCCGCCCACCAGUGGCACCUGUGCGCCGUGUGCGGGGUCGAGUUCCGCAUGGGGCAGGCGCUCGGCGGGCACAUGCGGCGGCACAGAGGCGAGGCGGCAGCGGCGACGCCGCCGCCGGCGGCUGCGGCUGCGAGCGCCGGCGCCGUGUCCAGCAUGGAGCCGCCGGAGAUGAUCGACUUGAACAGCCCGCCGGCGGUCGAGGAGGCCGGUGAAGGUGAUCAGGAGGUUGAGCGUGCGGAACAGGAGCCCCAUCUGCUUAAUCUGCUCGUGUAGGGUGGUGUUCUCUGUUUGGUGAUUGUGUGCGCGCGGUUGCGUUUCCAAUGCCAUUCUAGUGGGACCAAGGAAGUUAUAAAAUAAAGUGGGACCAAGGAUCUCGAUCCGUCUUAAAAAAAACUUAAUCUAGUAAUUGGAUAGGACAUAAUCUGGAUAUCCAGAUUCGUUGUAUUAGAUUAUGUCCUAUCCAAGUACUAGGUUGAGUUUUUUUUGGACGGAGGGAGUAUGUAGUAUAAUAUGUUUGUGCAUUUUCCGUGUAAAAAAAAAGAUGCACUAGCAAUUUGUACAUUGGUUGAAACUGCAUCAUUGUGCUUAUGGUGUUCUUAUUUUCUAUAUCUAAUUUCAGUUUCUUAUAUAUAGAUUCUAAUAUUUUUAAGUA